CCUGGGUAUAUAGGGUCACUGAUGACUGGGCACUGCCCAUUCCACCUCAUCAUGGAAAGGACUCCGGUGAGCCUGUUUUGUCUCCUGACUGUCAUUGCAGCUGUGUCUGGCAAGGUUCUGAUGAAAGAUGAAUGUGCCCAGGGUCCACAGUUCUGGUGCCAGGAUUUGGCUAGUGCCUUUCAGUGUGGAGCAGUGGAUCACUGCAAGCAGAAUGUGUGGAAGGAAGAACUGGACCCAGUAUGCCUCCAAUGUAAGCAGAUGGUCUCAUUAUUCAUCAGCAUGGCGAAGUCAUCUCGUCUCCAGAGCUCCAUCAAAGAAUUAUUGCACAAACAGUGCAAUCAUUACCCUUUUGAUAUAUUCCUGGAUGAGUGCAAAAAGCUGUUGGAUCAAUAUGAAAGUGUCCUGAUCGAUACCAUAGAAAAAUGGCUGAAUCCUACUUCAGUCUGCGCUAAACUCUCCUUGUGUCCUCACGACCAAUCUGACAACUCGAAGCUGGAGCUGCUAAGUGACUCUGUCUUUCUGGAAAAUAUCAUGUCCGUUGUCCAUGAAAAUGUACAGUUUAUGCAUGACAAAAUCACAGAGAAUAUGAAGGAAGACUGGCCAAUUCCGAAGCCGAUGUGUUGGAUGUGUAAAUCAUUUAUCUCUAAAUUUGAGGCAGCAAUCCCAGUGAGUGCCAUUGCAAAGAGUGCCUCAGCUCUGUGCCUAGCCCUCCCGGGAAAGAUUGCUGGAGUGUGCCAGUGUCUGAUUGAGAAGUACACAGUUAUUAUACUGGAUACCCUACUGGGAAAACUGGGCCCAAAAUUGGUGUGUGGACUAAUACUCAUGUGUGCUACUGAAGAGAACUGCGAGGCAGAUCUAGAAUACGACACCACCUGUGAAACCUGCCUGGCUGUCACCUCCCUCGUGAAGCCAAUGGCUAAAGAAAAUGUGACCCAGGAACAGAUCACCAAGUCACUAUCCAGUGUGUGCCCCAAACAGCAGGGCUGGAAGGAGUGUCAUGUAUUCCUGCAAGAGCACCAGAAAGAACUGUCUAAUCUUCUCCUCAAACCGUGGGACCACAAGAGAACCUGUCAGGUAGUUGGAGCCUGUCCUGCAGCUUCUACGGCCAUCACAGAGGAUUCUGGGUGUGCAGCUGGGCCAUCCUAUUGGUGUCAAAACCUGGACAAUGCAAGAGAAUGCAAUGCCAUCGGACACUGCCUGGCCAACGUGUGGCACUAAAGGACCUGCUUUCUUCAGAGCACCUUACAAAGCACUUUGCGAACAUGAGCCUUACACUUUCCUGUUAUACUUCAAUAAAAUACUAUCUGGUUACAAUCAC